CACCAUUCACCACUACUCCAAGUCUUCAAUUCUCAAAAGAGAGCAAAAGCUAGGGUUUUUACCAAAUUCAUUCAGAAAAAACGAAAGGGGGUUUCAAAUUUCAGUUUCUGGACUGCGAGAAGCACACGAAGAAACCGCAAUCGUAAUCAGAACCGCAGAAAUGGAGGGAGGUGGAGAAGAAGGAGUCGAGAUGGUGGUGGACUCCAAGGACUUGCAGCAGCAGAGCAAAGCCUUCGAUAAGCUCACCGACCGCGUGGAGGAUCGACAGCUCGAUUCCACCCGCGUCCAGGAGGCCAUGGCUUCCAUCGCCGCCUCCUCCGAAGCCGACUGGAAUGCUAUGCGAUUGAGGGAGAAGGAAUUGGCUGCAGUGAAGAUCAAUGCAGGUGAUGUUGACAUAAUUGCAAAUGAGCUAGAGUUGGACAAGAAGGUUGCCGAGAGGACCUUGCGGGAGCACAAAGGCGAUGCCGUCGCUGCCAUUCGACACUUGCUUCGCUAGAAAAUGAAUCACCCUUGGGAGAAUCAAUAUGAUAAGAUUUGGGUUUCUUUUCCUUCAAAUUUUGCUUCUUCAAUGCUUUCGGAUAUGGAAUUACAAUUACAUUGUUGUAUUGUGAGUUGUUAGGUAAAUUGUUGGCAUCAGUUGACGUGGA